UUGACUUCGGCUAUAAUGAUUCAUCAUUCCAACGCCGUGUAGAAAACCUCCCACGUUGCAAUCGUAUCGUAACCCCAGCAGCUCUUUUUCCCAGCAACGCAGAAAAACCGUAAUAAGAUGAUCGUCUAUUUGAGCUUCUUCUUGGGGCGGAGCUGGUUGGUGUGACCACACUUCUUCUUGCGGCAGUUGGUGGCACGGGGGGGAAGGCGGGCCUAAUCCGGAACAAUGUUAGUGGGGGUAAGUUCGCGGGGGGCGCGACAAGUAUCGAAGUCGAAGACAGAUGAGGGUGAUGACGUACGUAGCACUUGCGGCAGAUGGACUUCUCGCAGUUGUACUUGGAGGCGAGGGCCUUCAGGGAGGGCUCGAUGAUACCACCACGGAGACGGAGGACCAGGUGGAGAGUGGACUCCUAUAUAUGGGACAAAAGAAGAACCCGUCAGCCAGACGAUAUUCCCAAAUCGCAAAUCCGAACACAAGAUACACCGAUAAUCGUCAAACGUCCAUGAUAGCGACCGUGCCGAUUGAUCCGAGAAACAAAGUUGUGUAUUGUGGCGCCCAACCGACCGUAUCGCAUCACGUCGUAUCCGAUCAUUCGUUGCAAACAAGAUUCGAGAGACGUAUGUGUGUGGAGAUGAUUUCGCGGAACCGUUUCAUACCUUCUGGAUGUUGUAGUCGCUCAGGGUGCGGCCAUCCUCAAGCUGCUUACCAGCGAAGAUAAGACGCUGCUGAUCCGGGGGGAUACCCUCCUUGUCCUGGAUCUUGGUCUUGACGUUGUCGAUGGUGUCGCUCGACUCGACGUCG